AUGGACUUCCAGGCACUACAGUCAACUUUGACGGAGGUAUGUAAAGGCACCUCUUUGAAGAGGGGUGUUUCUUUUGAUCAACGGUACGAGCUUGAGGCGGAGAUUGGAAAGGGGGCUUACGGAACUGUCUGGAGGUGUCACCGUCGGUUUGAUUCUAUGAGACGUCCAUAUGGGGUGAAAAUUAUCAACAAGAAAAAGGCGGGGGCCAAAGGACUGAAAUGGGUCAUGGGAGAGGUGGAGACGAUGAGUCUAUUGAUACACCCAAACAUUGUACGGCUUGAAGAGACGUUUCAAGACGAGGAGAAUUUGUGGAUUGUAAUGGAGUACAUGCCGGGUGGAGAGUUGCGGAGUGCCGUUCUUCGAGAUGGGAUUUUUAGUGAGGCCCAGGCUCGUCGGAUUACAACGCAGCUCCUUUUAGCUUUAGAGUUCAUCCACCAAAACGGGAUUGUACACCGCGACAUGAAACCGGAGAAUUGCCUUCUUUCCGAGGGCGAUUUGGUAUGUAAAAUAUCUGAUUUUGGGUUUUCUGUUCUUGUAGGCUCGGACCAGUGUCUCAUGUCCUUUUGUGGCACCACCGUCUUUAUGGCGCCCGAGAUAUUUGGCGACACAAGCUACGGGAAGCCUGUUGAUAUGUGGGCAAUAGGUGUGAUGGUGUAUUUUAUGGUCACUGGGACGUAUCCAUUUACUGGACGAUCGCAUAGGGAGCUAACGGACGCAAUUUGUGGCGGGCGUUGCAACCUCAAGAGUGGCAGGAUUGCCGAGGGGUCCGCGUCUUUGCGUGAUUUUAUCUCCAUGCUGCUCGUGGUAGACCCAAACCGCCGUCUUAGUGCCCGUGAGGCGUUGAAGCAUCCAUGGAUUAAACUGGGCAUGAACAUGGGGAAUUCUAUCCGAGACGAGACGGAAUUGAAAAGACAUGGAUUGAGGCCUCGGAGUAUUUUUCGAGCUGCCAUCAUUGCUCUUAUGGCAGCGCACCGCCUGUGUUAUCUUCGUUAUUGUCGUAUGCUGGAGAAUAAUUUUUGUAGUGCUUUUACAAUCUUGCGAAAUUUCCGUUUCGCGGUGUCCGGGGCGUAUGAGCCGCCAAGUCCAACUCUCGACUGCAGCGGUGUCUUUGCGAGGCACCCGCGAGGGGUGAGAUUUCUGUUGCCUAUGCUGGAAGUCAGUCGCACCAUUGAGGCACUGGACCUGAGCAGCAACAACAUCGAUAACCUUACCUUAUUCCAGCAGCUAGCGAAGACAGUCGGUCAGCAUCCAACGCUGGUCUCGCUGAACUUGUCGUUCAAUCCCAUUCCUUUGCUUGCUAGUCGCGGCCUCCUUCGGCUUGCACGGAGCCCGCAGUCAAAGUUGCUUCACUUGGGGCUGGACGGCACCCUUCUCCCGUCCGAAACCAUCGCGCAGAUCUCCGCCGCCCUCAAGGAGAAGGCCGUCGUAUCCUCCGCCGCCGCUUUUACCCCGCAGUUGACACCCGCAACGCGCUCAUUGGAGAUUUCAACCUCCUUGAGCCGGAACAACCUUUCCGUUUCAAGCCCACGGCAGCGUUUUGUCGUGCCUCAUUCACCGUUCACCCGUCAGCCGGUCCGGAAGACAACAGAGCCACGACUUCCGCCCCUUUCUAACACGAGGCGCCGCGCGGGAAAGUAA